AUGGAUAUACUUUAUACAGAUAUAUAUAGCUACGCAAAUACAAACAGAAAGAAUUUAUAUUUUUAAUUAAUUAAUUUUUGUAUAGAGGAAGUUUUGCAAAAAUUUAAUUAUUUAAAACUUCUUAAUUUAAUUUUGUCUUUUGGCCUUAGUAAAGAGGCAAAAACAGAAAGAAAUACUUAAUAAUCAGUAUAAAUUUAUAUUAUUAAUCUUUAUACUAUCAUAAAUAAAUAUUAAAAUAGCAUCAAAAAUUAUUUAUUAGUAAAUACAGCUCUUAUCAGUCUAAAGAAAUUUUAAGAGUUAUUUUUUACCAUAAAUCUCUUUAAUAAUAGAAAAACUUUUUGUUAUUUUCUAAUUUUGAUAGUUUUGUGUUAAGCUUUACUAAAUUUUAAGGAGCCUGAAUGGGAUCAUCAUGAGUUAUCCUAAACUAGAACAAAUCAAAGCUAAUAAUAGAUUUUUGUAUAGUUAUUAAUUUUAACAAUAUAUGCUAGGUUUAAAAGUGUCAUAAGUACCUACAGAUACUGCUUUAUAGACAAAUUCUUAAAGACAAAGCUAUUCUAUGCGAAGAACAUUUAUUUAAUACACAUAGAUUUAUUACCUAUCCAUAGCUUAGUUAAGCACUAUAAUAAAGAAAGAGUUUAUUUUUCUUUAAUAAUAAAUUAAUAGUUCUGCAAAGGUCUUAAAAUUGUUUAAGAAAUUAUAACACUAAACUUAUUAAAAAUGAAAUCUUAAGCAAUAAAUUUUAAUUCUGAUUUAUAUUUAUCAGACAUUUUAUAAAUACUUAUUAUUUUUGUGACUAAAAAGAUAAAAUUUUGUAAUUUAAUUUUUUCAUUUAAUUAUAAUUCAAUUUACAAUAUUUUACUUUUUAAUCUUCAUAAAAAAUUUAUAAGUGUAAGCAAAUAAAUUUAAACUAACUUUAUCUCUAGAACUAAAAUUUAUUAAUAAUUUGAUUUUUUAAUAGAAGUAUUUAUGUGA